AUGGAAGCAGGCAAGCCAUACCUUAGAAAAACAUUUGUUAUGAUAUUGCUGUGUAUAUUCAAACACAUUUACCUAAAGCAUGUCUUUCAACAGACGGUUGGUUACUUCUUUUCCCCAUCUUCAAUGCCAGCAGAUGAUAUUGCUACCGUCAUUAAGGAUGCCAUUCGCCACCUACAUCAUAUAGGGCUGACAGUGCAGGCUGUAAUAUGUGACCAGGGAAGCCCUAAUGUGAAGGCUGUGCGGAACCUUGGGGCUAGCCUGGACCCUCUGGGAGGUGAGGAGUCCCACUGUAUCCUGGUGGGGGUUCAGAGGGUUCCUGUGAUUUUUGAUGUCCCUCACCUUCUGAAAUCAAUCAGGAACAACCUGUUCAAACAUGCCCUACAGACACAAGGAAAAACGGUUCUUUGGAAGCACAUCAGCCAAUUCUAUGAGCUGGACAAGCUCCACACUAUUCGGAUGGCCCCGAAGCUUACUGAUAAGCACAUUCUGCUGCCAGCAUUUUCCAAGAUGCGUGCCAGUUUGGCUGCACGGGUGUUCAGCCACACUGUCUUUGCUGGUAAAUUUUUUCAUCUUCUCAAAAACUUUUCUUCAAUUACUAACAGCACAUUGUAAUGUGACACUGACCACCUAUUC